CUGGGGCGCGCGAUGACACGUUCAUUUUCUGCGUCCAUGUUUCUCACUUCCGCUUGUAAGGGUUUGCAGGCCAAAGAGGCGUUUCUAACAACGGCCCAGGACUCAGGCGAUUCAUCGAAACGGCCUGUAAACAUUGCAGAAUUGGUAGUGCAGGCUAACGCUGGAGUAUUUCAAGAUGAGCUUCCUCUUGCCCAAACUGACUAGCAAGAAAGAAGUGGACCAGGCCAUCAAAAGCACUGCGGAGAAGGUGUUGGUUCUCAGGUUUGGGAGGGACGAGGACCCUGUCUGUCUGCAGCUGGAUGAUAUUCUCUCGAAGACUUCUGCCGACUUAAGUAAAAUGGCUGCUAUAUACCUGGUAGAUGUGGACCACACGCCAGUCUACACGCAGUACUUUGACAUCAGCUACAUUCCAUCUACUGUGUUUUUCUUCAAUGGGCAGCACAUGAAAGUAGAUUAUGGGUCUCCCGAUCACACUAAAUUUGUGGGAAGCUUCAAAACCAAACAAGACUUCAUGGAUUUGAUUGAAGUCAUCUACCGGGGAGCGAUGAGGGGGAAACUUAUUGUCCAGAGUCCUAUUGAUCCCAAGAAUAUCCCCAAAUAUGACCUCCUCUAUCAAGACAUUUAGCACGCUCACAGCUGUUGGAGAUGAAAGAGUUGUGACUGGAAACAGGACUUGAACCCAGAGGGCCUGUGGUCUGGAGUCCCGCAGAGACACGUUCACUGGUCCUGCAAAGCGGUUUGAUGUGCUGUAAUCAACGGCCCCUGCCCAGAAGCCCCAGUACUCCAAGAAUCCGGAUGCCUGAGUGUCCAUUCCCUGAGAGCCUCAGAGCAGUCGGGCAACAGUGUUCGGGUGGUCUUUGUAACUUCCUUUUAUCUGGACUUGUCUUUCCCCCCCACCCUAAGGUCAUGCAUCCUCCU